UGAGUACUUGUCACCGAGCCAAGCCAAGCAGCACUACGGAGUAGAGCUGUGUUAUAGGCAGACAAUGAUAACCUGGUUUGUUUCCCCCCCAACCCACCGGGGUCAUCUAGCAGAAUAUGAGCCCGUGCGCUGCAAGGGCCGUAAGAGUCUGACGCGCGGUCGAAUCGCGCUGCUUCUUCUUUUUUUUGUUUCUCUGCUUAGGUUCCCUCUCGAUCAUGAGUAUAAGUUAGAAAGGAAUGCACCCACUCACUGUGGCAAGACGGAACAUGAUGGGUGUGAUGACGAAUGUGCGGGUCGUGUAUUCAGGUCAGCGGGAUAACAAGAGAGAAUGAAUGGGGUCUCUUGUUGCCCGUGAGCCCCGCCUGGGCAUAAGGAGCACGAGGUCAGUUUUCUCUCCUUGCUUGUCUCACGAGUGACUAGCAUAUCUCAGCCCUAUCGGUGGUGCUACUACGGAGUAGUCUAUUAGCAAAUCCGCUAAGUGUGCUAAGUUACAGUCUGAUAAGUAAGGUAGGUCUGGACUCGGGAUUCCGAGGAGGAGGAGAAGGAGGAGGAGCAGCAGCAGCAGUAGCAGUACCUAGCAAGCAGUUGGCAGGCCAACCUGUAACUUUAUUGGUCGGAUCCCCACUUUAG